UUAUUUUCAAAACAUAACAAUUGAUUGUUUAAAAUUUAUCUCAAAUUAUUUAUUAAAAUGUCUAGAAAAGUUAAAUAUAUCUACAGUGAUAAUUUAAUACAACAAGCUGAUAAAAACCCGGCGGUUAAAGGAAGGGCUUCCUUGACCCAUAAUUUACUAUUAUCUUAUGGUCUACUAACUCACAUGGAAAGAAUUAGACCUUUGGUAUGCAACUCGGCAGACUUGAAAAGAUUCCACAAUCCAGACUAUAUCAAACAACUUGAGGUUUAUGAAAAUAAACUUAAGCCCCCGGAAAAAGAAACUAAUUUGGAAAACGAAGAAGAAGAGGAGGAAGAACAAGAUGUUGACUGCUCAUUUUUAUCCGACUGUCAUGGUCUUUCUUACGAUUGUCCUCCCUGGCCGGGUAUAAAACAAUAUGCAUGCACUAUAGCCGGAGCCACUAUGACGGCUUGCGAUUGUUUGUGCAAGGCCCAAGACUUGGCAGAAGUGGUAAUAAACUGGUGUGGCGGCUGGCAUCAUGCACAAAGGGAUAAAGCUGCGGGUUUCUGUUACAUCAAUGACAUUGUUUUGGGUAUUUUAGUGCUGACCAAGAAAUUUCGAAGAAUUUUAUACAUAGAUUUGGAUAAUCAUCAUGGCGAUGGUGUGGCCACAGCUUUUAAGGCCAGCAAAAGGGUUUUCUGUUUAUCUUUUCAUCAGCUAGAGUGUGGUUAUUAUCCGGGUACGGGUAAGGCCGAAGAUAAAGGUUGCGAUAAGGGUCUGGGUUAUACCGCCAACUUUCCUUAUAAGGCGGGUAUAACAGGAGAAAAAUAUGUUAAAUAUUUUAAAAGAAUAUGCCGCAAAAUCUUUGCUUGUUAUCAGCCCAAUGUGGUGGUGGUGCAAUGCGGCGCUGAUGUCAUUGUGGGUGAUCCAUUGGGAGGCUCUAAUUUAAUACCAGAAGAUUUAAUUGAGUGUAUGAAUGUUAUUUUAAGCUACCAAUUGCCCUGUUUGGUUCUAGGUGGAGGUGGCUAUAAUUUUCCCAACUCUAGUCGUUAUUGGUGCUCUCUAACUGCUGCCAUUUGUGAUCUUCCUCUUAAUGAUGAUAUAUGUGCGGAUAAUGAAAAUUUCUUGGCAUAUGGUCCGGAUUAUAGCGUUUCCAUAAAAAGAGAAAAAUUCUUAAAGGAUUUGAAUACAGAGGAGUAUUUGGAAAGUCAGUGCAGUAUUAUAGAAGAUAAUUUGUUAUAUUAUAAAGUACAAGCCAAAGCUGUUUAA